AGGAUAUAUAGUUUUCUCAGUUGCAUCUGACACAUUAUACAGUAUUUCAAUUGUAAGUUAACAGUGACUUCUCGGUGAAGCAUGUGCUGAUGUUCCUCAGGUGCUUCAGAACAUGGUUCACUGUGCGGAUCUCAGUAACCCCACCAAACCCCUGCAGCUGUACAGACAGUGGACGGACCGCAUCAUGGAGGAGUUCUUCAGUCAGGGCGACCGAGAGAGAGAGCGAGGGAUGGAGAUCAGCCCCAUGUGUGACAAACACAACGCCUCUGUAGAGAAGUCUCAGGUGGGCUUCAUUGACUACAUCGUGCACCCGCUGUGGGAGACGUGGGCUGACCUCGUACACCCGGACGCCCAGGACAUCCUGGACACGUUAGAGGACAACAGAGAGUGGUACCAGAGCACCAUCCCACAGAGCCCGUCGCCCGCUCCCGACCAGCCCGAGGACGGCAGCCGCUCCACCGGAGCAGACAAGUUCCAGUUCGAACUGACGCUGGAGGAGGACGGAGAAUCAGACACGGAGAAAGACAGCGGCAGCCAGGCCGAGGAGGAGGAGGAGGAGGAUGAAGAAGACGAGGAGGACAACAGCUGUAGUGAUUCCAAAACUCUCAUCACGCAGGACUCGGAAUCCACGGAGAUUCCAGAAGCGGAGGAGGGAAUUUCAGAGGAGGUUUCCACGGAACCCAGCAUGGUGGAGGAGGAGGAGGAGGAGGAGGAAGAUGAGGAGGAGCAGCCGGCAGAUACGUAGCAACGCGUCUGGACGGUCGAACUAGCUGCCGCGACGACAAAAAAAACACAAAUAUUUAAUAACAAUGAAAUUGAGUUCCAAAGCGCACGUUGCACUCCGAGACCUCGGCCACUCCUCUCUCGCUCUCUUUCUCUUUUCCGUCUCUCUACGAGCUGCCUGGAGACGAGAGGACACUAAGACUUCAGUAGGUUGUCAUUUUAUUUGCACUCAGGAAUAAUAUUUAGUCCUCUGUUUUUUCAAGCUUGGUUUUGUUUACCUUCCUCCUCCUC